CGGGGUUUUGUCAUGAGGGGCGGAUCUGCCGACAUCCAGUGGGAGGGAUUUGUCUGACAGGAGGAAGAAGGCUUCUGACUGGCAGCAGGAUCCAACCUCCAGAAAGCCGGCUCUUCUUUUUCAGGCCUUCUUUAAGAAAUACUGAGGAUAUAUGGCCGCCAAAGGGAUGAAUCUCUGCAGUGUGUGCUGCCUGCUUCUUUAUCUGAUCGCGGCAGUGUUUGCGGGGAGAGAUUUCUACAGCAUCCUGGGGGUGAGCAAGAGUGCAUCCAUCAGGGACAUCAAGAAGGCCUACAGAAAGCUGGCUCUGCAGCUGCACCCCGACAGAAACCAGGACGACCCCAAAGCUCAAGACAAAUUUGCAGACUUGGGUGCUGCUUAUGAGGUUCUCUCAGAUGAGGAGAAAAGAAAACAGUAUGACGCAUAUGGAGAAGAUGGACUCAAAGAGGGUCAUCACAGCUCACACAACGAUAUCUUCUCCAGCUUCUUUGGCGACUUUGGUUUCAUGUUUGGAGGCAACCGACAGCAACAAGACAGGAACAUCCCCAGAGGAAAUGAUAUUAUACUAGACUUGGAGGUCACACUUGAAGAAGUGUAUUCUGGGAACUUUGUGGAGGUUGUACGUAACAAGCCUAUAGCCAAAGAAGCCCCUGGUAAGAGGAAGUGUAACUGCAGACAGGAAAUGAGGACAACGCAGCUUGGACCUGGCCGUUUCCAGAUGACCCAAGAGAUGGUGUGUGAUGAAUGUCCCAAUGUCAAGCUUGUAAAUGAAGAGAGGACCUUGGAAGUGGAAAUUGAACAGGGAGUCAGAGAUGAGAUGGAAUAUCCUUUCAUUGGAGAAGGGGAACCUCACAUCGAUGGCGAGCCUGGAGAUCUGCGUUUCCGCAUCAAAGUGUUAAAACACCCUGUGUUUGAACGCAGAGGAGAUGACCUGUACACCAACGUCACCAUCUCCCUGGUGGAGGCACUGGUCGGCUUUGAGAUGGAUAUAACACAUUUGGAUGGACACAAGGUCCAUAUAGUGAGAGACAAGAUCACUAAGCCUGGUGCUCGGAUGUGGAAGAAAGGAGAGGGACUGCCAAACUUUGACAACAUCAAUAUCCGUGGCUCCCUCAUCAUCACCUUCGACGUGGAGUUUCCCCAGACACAGCUGGAUGAUCAGCAGAAAGAUGGUAUUCGGGGUCUUCUGAAACAGGGCUCUGUACAGAAGGUUUACAAUGGACUACAAGGAUACUAACACACUAACACACAGUCUGGACUGAGUUAUCUGUCUCACACACACACACACACACACACACACACACACACACACACACACACACACACUUACACUCAUACACACACACAUCACACACACAGAGACACCUUCAAUCAAGAGAAGCGUGGUCCAUAAUUCUGGCCAGGGUGUAUUUAUUUUUUUCCCGAUUGUUCUCACUCAGGAUGACUUGAGUCCAAUUUGUUUCUACUUCUCAAUGUUCUUUAUUUUACCAGCAGCAGCACAAUUGCUGAUGUUUCAUUUGAAGGUGUUUAAAUGGAAAGGAUGCCUUGUUUGCCCCUACUUAAAGUUGUAAUAAGGCCUUUCUUUAUUAAAAAAAACAAAAGUCUUAUUUGCUCCUAAAUGAAGUGGUAGGUUCAAACACUGUCUGUUAAUGUGACAACCACUUUACCAUUCUGAUAAGACACUCAGUUACAGCUCACUACACCUGCUGAAGGAUGAGCUACUGACAAAUUGGAUAUCCAAAGAACUUUUUUCCAGACCAGAAGUUUCAACCUUUUGAUCCUUUUUUUUUUCUUCUUUCCUUUUUAUUUUAAUGAAUGUAAAACAAGCAGCUUCAUCUGUUGAGCAACGACAUGUUUUUUUUUUUUUUUGCUCUGGUCAGAUUCCUGUUCAAUAAUACUUUUGUAAAUAGGAAAGAACAAAAACUCACCUGUUUGUUGUGUUUUCCUAAUUUAUGUUGGCUCUUAUUUGUCUGUUUUGCAUUUGACACGUUGCGACUGGACGACUGUCUGCAUCGCACAGCCUCCAGGUUCACUGUGGUGAGAGUUGACCUCUUUAAUUAAACAGUGACAUUUUAUUAUUUUGGAAGAAUGGCGCCACCUUUUGGUUUUCUUUAAGCACCCUUUUGACACUGUAUGCACCCCGUCUCAUUCUGGGGCCGGUCGUAUAUUACUCAAAGGGACUUUAGACUUUGAGGUUUCAGCAUCCCUUGCUGGGUAUUGCUCUUCCUGACUGGACGCAACUGACACCUGGACAUUUUUGUUUCUCGUGGUUUAAAACAUUUUCUUAAAUAUGCUUUUGGGAUUCCCUUUCUCUGUGUUUCUACUAUCGACUGUGAGGCUGCCUCCUAAUUUUUAUGAGUGUCAUGGCCUAAAAUGUGAAUAAUUUGGCCAUUUUUACUGAGUGUGCCAGGGGACAAUGUACUUUUGACUGACGUUAUAAAUAAAGAUUUCUACAAUUUGU